AUGUGGGGUUACGUGCCGAGGCUUGUUGGCACGAGCAGAGGCAAGCUGGUUCUGGCGCACCUUGCUCAGCGCAUCGCCAAGGCCAAGGGGUGGGACCGCCCCUGGGCACAAGGCAUAGCGAAUGUCUCAAACGCAGACGCCUCCAUCAAGCACCGGUGGUUGUUGGCGCAGCUGCUGCGCUUCCUGCUGCGCUGGCCCUCCCUGCAAGUGUGCCAUCUCGCCAACACAGCUCGCCACCACGCCCUGGGGGACCACGUCUCGCUGCAGCUCGCCUCCUCCUACUCCGCCCUUCUCUCCCUCCCGGAGACUGAUCCUCCUGCCCAUGCCGCGGAUGCUGCUGCUGCUGCUGCUGCUGAUGGUGGUGUUGCUGCUGGGGGUGGUGCUGAUUCCAGUCCUGGUGCCCAUGCAGCAGCAGCAGCAGCACGAGCACUGAGCGAGCAGCCGCUACUGGAAGGGUUACCACCAAAGGAGCUCGAUGCCAUGCGCUCCUUCUCCCUCUCCCCCGCCUCCUCCCUCCACUCCUCCCUCUGGGCGUGGGACGAAGCGGGUGGACCAGAGCUGUACCUGCCCCGCCCCAUCGCCAGCGUGCACGUGGGGAGAGCAUCGGAAAGGGAAAAAGGGAAGGGUGCAGGGGGAGAGGAGGAGGGUGAGUCGACAGGGUGGCUGGUGCAGGUGCAACGGCAGCGGCUGAGAGUGCCGGAUCUGAAGACUCUGUGGAUGUCCAAACCCGGGGAAUGCCAGCUGGUGACCUCUCUGCCCAGAGGUUGGACCUGCAUGGCCCCACCUACCCCCUCCGAUCCAGCCUUCUCCGCAACAGCAGAGCCUGCUGCUGCUGGUGGUGGUGGUGCUGCUGGCGAUACCGUCACCCGUGAGAACCAACAGAAUGCUCCCCAUCCGCUUCAUCAGUUCCUUCAGCUUCGCCACGUGUCAGCCAUCGCCAGCGUGUGCGAGCAGCUCUACGCUCGCGACCUUCGCCAAACACAACCGUUCGCCGACCUCGUUCACAGCCACACGCGCCUGCAGUCGCAGGCCGCCACGUGGCAGCGGCAGUGCGAGGCGGAGCGCGUGCGCGCCGCGAGCCUGCAGGAGGAGAAGGCGGCGCUGCUGGCGCAGCUCAUGGCGAUUAACGAAUCCACCGCCACUUCGGAGCAGGUGACCUCGCUCCAGCAGCGAGUGGAGCAGCUAUCAGCGGACGUGGCAGCGAGUGGGCGCACGGCAGCGCAGGCCAGUGGCGAGCUCGUGACGGCCGUGGCGGCAGUGGCGGCGCUGAGGGACGAUGCGGGCAUCAAGGCGGAGAGGAUCCGCGCCCUGGAGGAGGAGCUGCGCGCUGCUCAAGAGGCAGUGCAGGAGCUGCGGGGAACAGUGCAGCAGAAGGAGGCAGCUAUCGAGCUGGCGGCAGCAGAGGCAGCGGCGUGCCGGGCGGAGGUGCGCGCAGCGGAGGAGAGAGCAGCGGGCGUGGAGCGCGAGAACCGCAUGCUGGUGGACCGGUGGACGCACCUCAAGCUGCACCAGGCUGACGCCCUCAAUGAGGCCAAUCAACUGUACGAGGAUCUAGUGGAGCGCACGCGAGCCUCCUCCCGCUCCCUGCAGCACCUGGCCGCCCAGCAACCCCUCGGCAUCCUCCAACUCGCCGAACCAGGCGUCUCCCCCCGCCUCGUCUCCACACACGCGCCCUCGCGCGCCCUGCGCUCCCUCCGCUGCCACGACGCCGCGUGCUGUUCGCUCGCCAUGAGCGCUGCGGGCCACCGCGUGAUCACAGGCGGGGAGGAUGGCGCCGUGAAGGUGUGGGAUGCGCACCGAGGGGCGCUGCUGGACACGGCUAGAGGGUGCCUGGGAGCGGUUAUGGACCUCGCCGUGCUGGGAAGUGGGGGUGGUGGGGGAGGGGGAGGGGGAGGGGGAGCGGACGGCAGGAGGCGCAGCAGCGGUGGUGGUGGUGGUGGUGGUGGUGGUGGUGGUGGUGGUGGUGGUGCGGAUUCGGGCCCGAUGCUCCCGCACGGGUUUUCUGCGCUGCUGGCGGCGUCCUCGGACCACAAGCUGUACCUAUGGGAUGCUGCCACGUGGCAGCUGCGGCACACGCUGACAGGGCACACGGACAAGGUAGUAGCAGUGGACGUGGACGAGCAUAGAGGGGGGGGAGGAGGAGGAGGAGGCGGCGGUGGAGGCACAACCGGGGGCGGCGCAGGUGCAACUGGGGGAGGAGGUAUCGGCAGCGGCGGCAUCAGCAGCAGCGCACGGGCUAUCAGCGCGGCCUAUGACCGCAGCAUGAAGCUGUGGGACCUGGAGCGCGGCUUCGCCACAGUCACUCUCCUCUGCCACAGCAACUGCAACUCCCUACGCUUCGCCCCUGGGGGACUCUCCGCGCUCUGCUCUGGCCACGCAGACGGGCACCUGCGCAUGUGGGACGUGCGGUCGGGAAAGCUAGCCAACGAAGUGGCUGCUCACUCCUCCGCCAUCACCUCUCUCUCCCUCUCCUCCUCGGCGGUCUCGGCUCGGCACAGCGGCGGCGGCGCGUCUGCAGCGAGCAUAUAUGACUUGGUGACUUGCGGGCGGGAUAACAUUCUCCGCGUGUUUGACCUGCGGUCUCUGGCAGCCAAGCAGGUGCUGAGGGGUCCGCAUGGGUUCAGAGUGGCGUCUAAUUGGAGCCGUGCGUGUGUGAGUCCGACAGACGAGUACGUGGCAGCCGGCAGCAUGGAUGGGUCGGUGGUUGUGUGGAGCAGACGCACCGCUGCUGUGGAGCGCCACCUGAGGCACCUGGCAUUGGCUUCAGGUGCCGGUUCAGGUGCUGGUUCAGGUGGCUCUGCUGGCUUGGCCUCGGGUGCAGCUGGUGCUGCUGCUGCUGCAGCGCCUAUCUUGACGAGUGUGUGGGGAAGCUGUGGGUUGCCUCUGGUCACUGGGGACAGGGCUGGUGUGGUGACCACGUGGGAAUGA